GCCAGGAGUGUGUGUCAGAACGCAGUGGGGUGUGAAGCAAGGUCGGGGGUUGAGGAGUGUUUCAUCAGUGCCCCGGGAAGAGGGAGAGCUGUGCAUGGGGGGUCGGCUAAGGCACACACCACACGAGUGCCUCACACCUGUCAGGUCGUCACAAGAGGAGCAGCUACGGAACAACAAUGUGGAACUUCGUGCGGAUCAUCUUAGCAGGCCAGGUGCUGCUGACGGCGGUGCUGCUGACGGCGGUGGUGGCACCUACACUGGCAGAGGAAAUGGAGCCACUGGGGGAGGUGGAAGAGGCUGAGCAUUCAGUGAAGGUAGCUGAUGUACCAGUGGUGAAGACGAUCAACGGUAAGGUGUCAGGUGUAAAGGAACAAUCCAUCGGAGGCAAAACAUUUUACUCCUUUCACUCCAUCCCAUACGCUCAGCCACCUGUUGGAGAACUUAGAUUCAAAGACCCAUUAGCAGUUGAGAACUGGGAUGAUGUACGAGAUGGGUCGCAGAUGCCUCCUUUAUGUCCACAGUACACUUUGGAUACCCUCAUGACAGGCAGAAGUUCUGUGGUGGAGGGCAAAGAGGACUGUCUGUUCGUCAACAUUUACACUCCAAAGCCUUACGACAGUCUCUCGCUGCUGCCUGUGAUGGUGUUUAUCCAUGGUGGUGCUUGGAUGAGCGGCGGCGCUCGUGAAUAUCCUCCACACGUCUUAAUGGACCACGACAUCGUCCUCGUCACCAUCCAGUAUCGACUUGGUGUACUAGGGUUCCUCUCCACUGAGGACGAUGCAGCUCCUGGUAACCUGGGUCUCAAGGACCAGACAUUAGCACUGACUUGGGUGCAGUGGAACGUUCACAACUUUGGGGGAGAUCCUCUUAAGAUUACAUUGUUUGGAGAGAGCGCUGGAGCUGGAUCUAUUCACUUCCAAAUUUUGUCGCACAAGUCACUUGGAUUGUUCCAACAGGCCAUCUUGCAGUCUGGCUCCGCCCUGUGUCCCUGGUCGUUAGGUGGUGCUCACGCAGCCGUGGCUGAAUAUACUGGUAGCCUCUUCAAUUGCACCACUGACGACACCCACCAGCUCAUCUCAUGCUUACAAGCCGUUGACGUCAACGACCUCGUGCCCGUUUUGUUCCACUUCACCAAGUGGCAUAUGGUCCCCCUGUUGUUGGGACCCCGAGUGGACGGGAACUUCAUACCGUCUGAACCAGAGCAACUCAUGAAAGAAAGUAGACACAAGAAUGUUCAUCUCAUCUCUGGCAUCAACCAACACGAAGGAGCCUUUAUUACCUUGCCUAUGUUCGCCAACGAAGCUCUUCGUUCAUCCCUUAAAUAUGACUUCCCAAAUAAGGGGCCGUUAUCCUUAGAGUUCACUGAAGGUGAUAUCGCUCCUUUGAAUCAGACGGUGAAGAUCUUUGAUCACUACCUGGGAGGCGUGCAUUUGGACAUAGAGCACGCAGACAGAGUCACACAGAUGUAUAGUGAUCGUUUCUUCAGCGUGUGUCACGACCUCACCUCCAGCCUCCACGCCAAGAAUGUGGCCAAGAAGGAGAAGAAGACCUUCAGAUAUGAGCUGAUGCACCGCGGACAACGAUCCGCCGCAGACAUUUUCUCCCUUGAUAUUGGUCACAACUGGGUGACUCACAUGGAUGACCUCUUCUACCUGUUCUCUGGCGGACCUCUGUGGACUCCGCUAGAACGUAAGGAAGACCUCAAACUGCGGAACAUCAUUACUACCUUGUGGACAAACUUUGCAAAAACAGGGAACCCGACACCAGAUGACAGCCUGGGCUUCAGAUGGGACCCCGUCAAUGAGAGUGACUUCCGCCACCUGUCUCUCAGACCUUCACCCACUAUGCAAGAUGACUACAGGCAGCAGGUAUAAAUAUACGUACACACACACACACACAUACACACACA